AUGUCGGCCCGGACGCCAUUGCCGACGGUGAACGAGCGGGACACGGAGAACCAUACAUCCGUGGAUGGAUACACUGAACCGCAUAUCCCGCCUACCAAAUCAAGUAGCAGACAGAACAUCCCUCGGUGUAGAAACUCCAUUACAUCAGCAACAGACGAACAGCCUCACAUUGGAAAUUAUCGUUUACAAAAAACAAUAGGGAAGGGAAAUUUUGCCAAAGUGAAAUUGGCAAGACAUGUUCUAACUGGUAGAGAGGUUGCUGUGAAAAUAAUAGACAAAACUCAGCUAAAUCCUACCAGUCUACAAAAGGUAUUUAAUUAUUUUAAUAUUCCCCGUGACAGCCUGGAGAGCUCUCCCAAUGGGAACAAGCCUGACCACUCUGCCUUUGUCAAGUUCCCCGUGGCCGCAGUGUUGUUCUCCAUCUGCCUCAAGACCAAAGAAGCAGUGAAGGAGUCCUGUGACCUUGAUGAAGCCAAGGGCAACACAUUACCUGGAACAACGCCAAGAACCAAGGAGGAAACAGUUCAGGCCGCUGAACAGCCAAGUAGGAUAGCUGUCGUGAAGUCCGGACAGGGAGGGCCUCCCCGCCUCGUCGUCAGAGCAAGCCCGCCGCGGGCCUUCACGUAG